AGUUUUAGCAAUGAAAGUCCCAUGUCACAGGAAACCGCUCAGUCCUGGACAAAUCGAGAUGACAUUUUCUAUGCAUAUGCAAGCAUGUCACCAGGAGCAGAGCACAGAGGAACAACACAGCUUUUGCGCUUCCAGCUGGCUCCCAUCAAGAAGUUAGAAGGGAGCCUGCAAACACGUUUCCUGCUAUCAUCUCUCCACCCCAGAAUGACUUUCCCUGGCAGAACUGGGGGAGGGGAGACGAGCAGCAGGCCCCGGAGGCCCUGGGCAGGAAUAUUAAUACCCCAACUUCCCAGCACAACAGGAGGGAGGAGGAGCGGCCAUGGCACAGUCAGGUCCUGGGGACCCUGGAAGGUGGUUGCUGAGCAGCUCGUGGGAGGCACGGAUCCUCCAGCUCACGGCGGCAGGGGCCGCCCAAGUCCUAAUGAACACAUCUAGCUCCUGGCAGGGCGCAGCCGACACAUCGCCCGGCCUUCUCGGCCACCUGGGAGAGGAUGGGCGCCGCACGUGGAUACCCAACCUGCAGGGCUGUGCGCGCAGUGACAUCGCUUUUCUCCCGGCAGGUGCAUCCAUCUCGCUGGGUCUGGAUAGAUAAUACAAUCUCUCUGCCCACACCCCAUUUGCUGGGAGACAGCCUGGGCUUCUCCAUUUUUUAUGGGCUCACUUAGCUUGGAGGAAAUCCAGAGGUCAAAGCCGGCGCAGACGCUCAAGUCACCUUGCCCGUCCGGGCGCGCAGCCCUUCCGAAACGGGCUCACCCACGGGGCCCUAAAUUACGGCGAUUACACUGCAAUUCGCAGCGCGAUAUUACUUUGAUACACUACCUGCUGCAGCCUG